UAAUUCUUUUUUAAUCCUGUUCAUUCAAGAAAGACAGACAGAUACAGGGCAUGAGGAAGUGCUGUUUCAUUGAUAGCCGUUUUGGAAAGAUUGAGUGAUGAUGAGAGUUUAACGCCUUUCCUGUCCAUAUCACUGACAAAUCACAGUGAAAGCAAGUUAACAGCGUCUGAUGGCUGUGUGGUGUCCUGCAUGUUAUGAGUUUGGUAGGUCUGUCCAUUUCUCUGUGGAUAAGUGUCUACAUGACAAAGACCAUCAACAAUCUCAUCAGAGAGGCCAAUGACUGAAAGAGCUAAGGAAGCCAUAGCCCUUUUCUCUAGAGGAGCACCUCCGAGUUCUGGGUUGAAGUAUGAUGUAUUGGCAAGAGUGGAAGAUCAGAUACUACUAAAGUGCUUAGGUAGAUCAAUGAGCACAAUGUAAAGACCAAAAGAGGGCGGGAGGGAUGGGCGGAUAGGUACCUUCCCAAAUAGCUUAAAGGGUUGCUAAAGGAUGGUUGUGUAGCUAACGCACAGGACUGAAAGUCAGAAUUCCUGAGUUCUGAUGCCAGCUCUGACCUUCCUCUCUCCGUGCAUCAGGGGGCUCCGAGGCCAUAUUCAUUAAUGUUUAGAAGUUGCUAUGUAGGGUAGUGUACUACAGGCCUGAUUCUGAUCUGUCUCCACAUUUGCCAGGGUGCGACUCCAGUGACUUUAGAGGAAUUCCUUCCUAUUUACACUGGAUUAUGCAAGCUCAGAAUCAGGCCCCGUGUAACCCCAAAAAUGUAACAUAAUUGCAGUCAGCUAUUUUAUGUGUCUAGCCACGGCUGGCUGCAAGCCAAAUACCACCUACCUAGAAAUAAGCUUGAGGAUUUCAAAAGGCUAGGAUAAAGGGCUGCAUGUUCUGUAGUUUGAGUUUUGCUAAUCAGAAUAGAAGGAACGUUUAGACAGGUUACCUUGGUUUUAAGUGCCCCUAACAUACACUUUUUAUUGUUGUUAUCACUCGAAAUGCUUUAAUGAUUAAAAAAAAGUCAUUUGUUAAAAUUAAAAAGAUGAGUAACUCAGUAGGGGUUACUCUAGUAACCCACUAAAAGAUACGUGCUUUGUUUAAGAUAGCUAUAAAAAAUUAAUUAAAAGUAAAUACCUCAGAGCAGACCGAGGGAGCUUUUUUUCGGGCAAGAAGCUGACACCCCAAACUCCGCAGCGGGAAGGCAACUGGCCAUCAACGACCUGCUGUCACUUCCUCUAAACCAUGUCAGACUUUGGAAAUUAUGUCUUGGAAUGCUCUAAAUCUGUUGCUAUAACAUAUAUGUGUGUGUGCUUAAGGCUUAAUAAAAAGUCGUUUUAAGUAACAGCAUCCUGAUUUGUAUCAAUCAUGUAUUAGACAGAAAAACGAUGUCCCCAUUGAUUUAUUCCUGACCCUGUCUGGAAAAAAAACAGCUAAAUAACAACUGCUUUGUGUUCUGAAACCCUGAAUAACAGAUUGGCAAGCUAGUUGCCAGGAGUUGUGGCGAGGAAGGGUAUGAUUGAUAUAAACAGUUUGUAUGUUUAUUUGCAUAUGCAAGGCACUAUCAUUAGAUUGGCCAGUUUGUAGAAUGCAUCUGAUUUGUCAAAGAUUUCUUUGUCCAUAGUCCUCUAAUUCCAGUGCAACUGCGUCAAACACCAUAUUCCAGAGCAGAGUCAACUCCUUUGAGGAGAACCUUCUAGGAGGGAUUGCCAUGUAACAGCAGAGCAGAUUACAAAUUCCGGCCAGUUACGAAAGGUAGCAUCUAAACAGGCCAGCUUGUUACACACGGGGCAGAGGUUGACAGCGCUUGGGACACUGCACUCACCCUUGAGGCUCUCUUCGUUCAUUCCCCCAAGGCUUCGGGGAGGAUGAUCCCACCUGGGAAAACGCUUUGUGCUGCUGGGAUUAUAGCCGGGCUCCUGGCUUUCUUUUGGAGAGACACCUUUAACCCAGACAGCAUCUCUGGUGCCCGAGUUCUCCUGACCGGAGCCAGCACUGGGAUUGGAGAGCAGAUGGCAUAUCACUACUCCAGGUUUGGUGCAGAAAUAGUUCUGACUGCCAGGAGGGGAACACUGCUGCAGAAAGUGAUGGAGAAAUGUCUGCAGCUGGGAGCAAAGCGAGUCUUUUACAUCCAGGCCGAUAUGUCUUCCCCUCAAGCCCCGGAAAAGGUGGUGCAGUUUGCUUUGCAAAAAUUGGGGGGACUGGAUCACCUGGUGCUGAACCACAUUGGCGGGACCCCUUUCCGGAUGUGGGACGGAGACGUGGAACACACCCGCUGGCUCAUGCAGGUGAAUUUCCUGAGUUACGUGGCCUUGGCAUCUGCAGCUCUUCCCAUCCUGGCUGAGAGUAAAGGAUCUCUGAUUGUGGUUUCUUCCCUCACAGGAAAAAUCUCAACUCCCUUCACAACCUCUUACUCUGCCACCAAGUUUGCUCUGGAUGGAUUCUUUAGCUCCCUGCGCCACGAGCUCACUAUGCAGAAGCAAGACGUAUGCAUCACACUGUGCAUCUUGGGGCUGAUCGACACUGAAAUGGCUUUGGAGAAGACAAGGGGCAAGGUGUACAUGAGCGCCUAUCCAGCCGCUGAAGCCGCGCUGGCCAUCAUCAAAGGCGGAGCCACCAGGGCACGGGAGGUGUUCUACCCCUGGUGGCUGGAGCUGCUGUGCUGCCUGCGGGACUGGUUCCCCAACCAAAGGGAUGUCGUUAUACAGAGCUUCUAUAACUACACCAGCGCCUGAGUGAUGCAGAACCGCCAUUCCCUUCGCCCUGCAAGUACAGGCGCAAGGCCCUAGGCUCCUGCUGAGGUCAAGGUCAGCCAUUGGCUUCAGUGCGAGCAGCAUUUGGACCUGGAACAAGAAAUAUCCGGAAAUCCUUGGCUAAGGGUCCAGUAGCAACCUUAGCUCUGACCCCUCCUCUGUCCCCAUCAACCUUAACUCUGACCCCUCCUCUGUCCCCAUCAACUUUAGCUCUGACCCCUCCUUUGUCCCCAUGAACCUUAACUCUGACCCCUCCUCCAUCCGUAUCAAUGCCUGACCCUUCCUUCUUCCCCAUCAACCUUAACUCUGACCCCUACUCUGUCCCCAUCAACCGUAACUCUUUACCUGUUCUGCUCCCUGUCUAUGUUCCAUGCAUGCUCCAAAGACCUCGCACUGUCGUCUGAUUCACGCUACCUCAGCGUCUCAUGCCCCUUGCCGCAUUGACUCCAGCCUCUGCAGCCUCAUCCAUCCAUUCAUAUGGGCUGGAGUCUCCCCUCUGCCCCAGCCCACGAUCUCCCAGGGCUAGGGAUAAAGACUUCUCAGAUGCAGGAUAGAAACCAUCCUCCCAGCUGGGAAACCUACCUGUCACCCCCACCUCAAUGACACCCCCCCCCAGCUGCUAUGGAAUCCAGUGGAUUUUGUGGGUGCUCCGCCCUUCUGAAAAUCAGGCUAUUUUAAGACCCGGGCAAAGCUAAUUUGAAUGAACGAGCGAGGCAGCUUGGCCACCGCAAGGUGGCAGUAGUUCGCAGUGAUUAGCAGUGCAGAACCUGAGCUGUGGACAAGAUUAGUUCGGUGGCUUUCUCCAGGGCAUGGGGCCAAAUACCAUUCAGUUAAGCUCAGGGAAUUCACGUAGUGCUUCUAGUCUGGCAGCGUAACGGUAGCAGUGAACUGGGCCACAGAGGGGUCUCGCACUCAGACUAGUGCUGGGCCUGGUGCUUAUAACUCAGGUAACUGACAAUGCCCAAGUAACUGUCAUACAAGGUUGUUCCCAUGUGAGCCGAGUUGUUAGAUUCGUUCGUGCGCUGCCUGGAGGGGGAGGGAUGGCGAACAGCUGUGGGGUGGUCUUUGAAAGAGAUGGGUGAGACGGAGAAAGUAAAAACAGAGCAGAGACGAAAUCCUGCCUCAGUGGAAUUUUGCUGGCUUCUAGGGGACCAGGGAUUUAAGAAGGAAGGGUCUGUUUGAGUGUGGGUAGCUACUUGGGAGUGGAGACAGUAGUCAAAUCAGAGAAAUGUAGGGCUGGAAGGGACCUCAAGAGGUCACCUCGUCCAGCCCCCAGUGCUGAGGCAGGAUUAAAUAUACCAGUCCCCAAAAGUUUACAGUCUAAACAGACCAGAGGCAGAUUAUUAUAGCCCUGUUGAAUUGAGUCCCAGAGAGAGAUGGACUGACUCGCCCAAGGUCCUACAGGGACUCUGGCAGAGCUGGGAAUCAACCCCCAGGUCCUAGGCCUUUAAUCACAAGGCCCCCCUGCUGCCCUACUAACAGAGCUGUUCACAAUCAAGAUGAAGGCAGAGAAAAUAAAGCAGAGUUGGGCAAAAAGCC